AUGUUCAGCAUCAGUCGCCGCCUAGUGAUCUCACGACCAACACAUUUCCUUCCGAUGAUGGCGCAGAAACGGGGAUUCAACGAGGGYAAGAGGCAUUUCAAGAAGAACAAGAAGCAGAAGACGGUGGGUGCUGUGAGCGACGGAUCCAACGAAGAUGUCUUGCUCGCCGAUGUCAAGUCGCUGUUGAAGAAUGUCACGCUUGCCGAUGAGAAGUCGCUCCCCGCGGAACAAAGUGAGAUUGAGGUGACCAUCUCCGAACUCUCCUCGACCGGCGAUGGAUUGGCAGUGCAUGCCGGCCAUGUCUACGUCGUCCCCUUCUCCGCUCCCGGCGACGUGGUCACGGCCAAACCCUACAAGCACAACUCUCAAGACGGCUAUUCUCUCGCCGAUUUCGUCAAGGUCGUCACGCCCUCUCCACACCGCACCGAGACCCCCAAAUGCCAGUACUUUGCCAAAUGCUCGGGCUGUCAGUUCCAAUAUCUGCCCUACGCCUAUCAAUUGCAGCACAAGAGAAGGAUUGUGGAAAAAGCAUAUCAGAACUUCUCCAAUCUACCAGCGACUUCUGUCCCCACGGUGGGAGACACGAUUGGAUCGCCGCUGCAGUAUGGAUACCGGACGAAAUUGACUCCACAUUUCGAUGGACCGCCGGGAGGAAGGAGGGAUAAGCGACAUGGCAAGGCCGUCACAUGGCCGGAAGUCCCGCCCAUUGGAUUCAUGUUAAAGGGGACGAGGAAGACAAUGGACAUUGAGGAUUGCCCCAUUGGCACGGAUUCGGUCAGAAUGGGCAUGAAGCGGGAGAGGAAGAGAGUGACGGAUGAUAUCGAUGCCUAUCAGAAAGGUGCUACGUUGUUGUUGAGAGAGAACACCAAAAAGAUCACGAAAGAUGAAUCUACAGAGGUGGAAAAGGAAGAAGACGCCAUUCUCGAAGACCAUGCCACCCAUUCAUUCCUCAAAACCUGCAUCACCAACCAAAAGGCAAUCUCCACCGAAUAUAUUGACGGUUUCCGCCUGGACAAUCCUGCGGGAGCAUUCUUCCAAAACAACAAUUCUAUCCUACCACUCGUCACCCAAUACAUCCGCGACAACAUCCUAGGUCCCUCCACCAAAAUAAAGAAUAUGAUCGACGCCUAUUGUGGCUCGGGCUUCUUCACAAUCACCCUCUCCCAAACGUUCAAGCAAAGCAUCGGAAUCGACAUUUCCGCCCAAUCCAUCGAUUUCGCCUCCAAAAACGCAGCCUUGAACUCCCUCCCAGAAUCUUCUACACAUUUCAUCGCGGCGGAUGCAAAUMACCUCUUCGCCGCCGUGGAUGUCGAGAAAUUCCCACCUCAAGAAACAGCCGUGGUAGUGGAUCCUCCGCGAAAGGGUUGCGAUGAAGAUUUCAUUCGACAGUUGUUGAAAUAUGCACCGGAGAGAAUUUGCUACGUGAGUUGUAAUGUGCAUACUCAAGCGAGAGAUGUGGGAUGGUUGGUCGGUGGUUUGCCGGAGAGUGGGGAGGAUGGAUUGUAUGAGAUUGAGAGCGUCAGAGGGUUUGAUUUCUUCCCGCAGACUAGUCAUGUCGAGGGCGUGGCGAUUUUGAGGAAGAAGGGUGGUGGUGAUGUUGCUGGUGUGGUGGAUAGUGAAGUACAAAGCGCUGUUACUGCUGGGCAAUCAAAAGGGGGAAGCGAGGUCAAGGAGGAGAAUGAAGAGGUUAAGGUAUGA